AUGGUUCCAGCUACCCAGAUGGACUGUGUCCCUGAAAUUUUCUCACUGAUGUCCUUCAUUGCGCCCCCAGACCCAGAUUGGACGCCGGAUGACUAUUACAGCUAUGACUAUUCCAGCCAAGAUGAAGUCCACAGUGUCAUGCCGACCUCCCCUGAGAACCCUGCUUGGUACUAUGAAGAUGAUGAUCCAUGCCAGUCCAACCCCUGUGAACAUGGCGGCAACUGCAUCAUCAGAGGGGAUACCUUCCAUUGUAACUGCCCAGCCCCCUUCUCGGGGAGUCGGUGUCAGAACGCCCAAAACAAGUGCAAGGAUAACCCGUGUGUCCAGGGUGAAUGCCUCAUUACCCAGAAGCCUCCCUACUACCGCUGUGCCUGCAAAUACCCCUACACAGGGCCAAACUGCUCCAAAGUGCUUCCGGCGUGCAAACCAAAUCCCUGCCAGAAUGGUGGUGUCUGCUCCCGACACAGACGGAGGUCCAGGUUUAGCUGUGCCUGUCCAGAUCACUACAGGGGGAGAUUCUGUGAAAUAGGUCCGGACGACUGUUAUGUUGGUGAUGGCUACUCUUACCGAGGCAAAGUGAGUAGGACAGUCAACCAGAAUCCAUGCCUUUACUGGAAUUCCUACCUCCUCUUGCAGGAGAAUUACAAUAUGUUUAUGGAAGACGCUGAGACCCAUGGAAUUGCAGAACACAACUUCUGCAG